AUGGGGUCAAUCAAUCCUCCGUUCGUGGUCUUUGGGUACGGCUCACUGAUAUUCAAGCCCCCACCUCAUGUCCAAUCCCAAACCCCCGGAUUCCUUAAAGGUUACGUGAGGCGCUUCGCUCAGGAAUCGCAUGAUCAUCGUGGCACACCCGAGAAUCCGGGGCGUGUGGUGACUCUUAUCCACAAGGAGGAUUGGGACCACUUUUCUGGGUCUGAUGCUUUCCCGGAUGAAGAUAUUGUUUGGGGCAGGGGAAUAUCGUACACGAUUGACCCCGCAUACGAGGCAGAAGUUAGGGAAUAUUUGGAUUACAGAGAAAAGGACGGAUAUACAAUGGAGACCCUGCAUGUUCACACCAUAGAGGAUGAGAUGGAAAAUAUUACCAUUCACGAUUGUUAUGUCGGUCGGCCAGAUAAUCCAUCAUUUAUUGGUUCAGAACCAUUAGAUGAUUUGGCACAGCGGAUAUGGGCCUCAGUGGGGCCCUCUGGACCAAACAAGGCUUACCAUCUCCCCCAGGAGUAUCUGUAUCGUCUGGCGGAAUCAGUUCGUCAGCUUGCACCAGAAUCAUUUGACUCACACUUGUUUGCUCUAGAGGUACGUCCACGAAUGACUACCUGA